UGUUCUACUGUUUCUUUUCAAUUCCUUAUAUUCGCUGUUGGAUGCACAGUUGAAACGGGAGACAUUCAGUUUUAUCAAUCCUGAACCAUUUAGCAAUUUCAUAGGCAGACCUAUAGGGAAGAUCAGGGAAAGACUUCUUCAAGACCAUUUGGGCACUAAAAUCCAAAGAGCAUAAGGGCCUGAACGAAACUGCAGGAUGGACAAAGAAUACAAGAAGAGUUUGGACAACAUGGAAGACAUCUCUUUGGAGGAUGCAGACAGAACCAGCGUGGAAUACAGGCUUCUCAUGGUCUACGCGCAGCGGCGACUGUCUGCGAGUAAAUACGGGCAGCUAUUAGAAAGAGAAACCAAAGCCCAAGAAGAAAGCAGAGAGUCUGCGCAAGCCGUCACUCCAGCCAAGGAAGAAGUGACCCUUCAAGAAAUUUGUCUGGCAGGUGACAAACCACUUGCCCAAUACAAGGAGCAGAAGAAGGUGAAGAAGAAGAAGGCGAAGAAGAUGAAGACAAGAGCCAGCUGGAAGUGCAUGUGGGUUCCUCCUUGUCUAAGACCACAAGCAAAAGACCCCAGGACCCCAGGGGUAUUCCGACCACACGCCGAGCUCAAUGGCUCUUUCGUGCAGCCGGAGGCCAGGGUUGAAAGUUUACCAGAUGGGCAAAAUGACUCAGACGUCUCCCAUUUGGCAGAUAGACUUGCUGAAAUAGUGGAUAAUUCCAGAUUUCCCUCUGGAAGGAAGACCUUCCAAGUGGUGGAUCGUACGUUGAGUCUAGAAGAAGAUGGUGGCUGGGCCAGCAAGCCAUUCUCACAACAUCAAGGUGGUGUUGAUGGAAUAGAUAACGAAGAAAAGAUUAUCGAUGCGAUUGUUGCCUUGUUACGGAAGUCAGGAGAUGAGUUGCAGGAGAAGAUUCAAAAGGAUAAGACCUUCUGUCAGCGUGUCUGGGAUAUGAUGGCCUCCUAUACCUUCUUCAGGAGAGUGACCGACCGGUUCCUUGAGGAGCCACCCAUAGAUUCCACAGUGAAUUCUGAGGAUCAAGUUAAGAGGAUCAAAGUUGCAUUAAUUAUGGAAGCCACAACCAAACUCCUUGUAAUGGACAACCAUCCCAUGAAUCUUGUGCUAGGCUUUGGAGCAAAAUACCUGCAGGAAAACUUCAGCCCUUGGAUCCAAAGUCAAGGGGGAUGGGGAAAAGCUUUAAGAUUACCAGACCAGGAAGAAGUUGAAUGAUGAAAGGAGACCUUCUUCAAGAGCGUUGGUUAAUACGGAGCAAGUGAUUGGGAUUAGUCACUCUCAUGAUUGCUUUCAAUAUUUGUAGAUGAUGGUUUACGGAAUCUUUCGUAAGACUAGCAACAGCAGCACUGGAUGUCGUGGGGCAAAGACCAGGGUCUGCAAUGGCUGACGCUGUCUUAGUCCUGCUCAGCAUGAGCAUGAGAUGAAACAGCCACGUGCCUUUACUAUCGGAGGGCCCAGGAGCCUUCCGACGGAAUGAAGCUACUCAUUUUUCAGCUUUGUCUUGUGGAUCUCAGUUAAGCAUGCAACUCAUCCUACAGCCUGGACGAGAGCUUUAGGGCAAGAAUGGUGGCUGCCUUGUGCCAGGCAUGUGAAGACAAACCUUGGGCUGCUGUGACCUCCUUUCCCUGGGGGUGUCUGGGGGGUGGGGGUCCAAAAAGACAAGAUGGCAGCCCAUCUUGACUUUUUGGAUGUCCCUCCCUCUAUCCCUGGGGUGUUAUCAGUGUUGCUUAUAAACUGCUGCUUACCUUCUAGCUCUUCAGCUUAAUGAAUUAGAUGCUGUCUUUUUUAGUUGAAUAAAUCUCUCAGUGACUUUCCUCGGGAGGGUUGGUACAAGUGUAAAUAGAAAACGACACAAUGACUUUGGCCAAAGAAGGUGUACUGUUGAUGGUAUACCUGGAUCUGGGUCUGAAAGCGAUUAACCUAAGAGACAAAAUUAGCUUAAGCCAUGGUGAUUGAUUUCGAUGUACGUAAUUAAUAAAACAAUACAACACAUGA